CAGACUCUGGAGUAGAGGAGCAGGAGGGAGCGCAGCGGCGGCCGUCACACCCGCACAUCUCCCGCACAUCUCCCGCACAGCAAGCGCCGCUCCUACUUCAUUUAUUUUAUGGACAGGCCUUUAUUUUCUUACUGUAUCUAGUGUAAUGACUAUUUAUUUUUGUGCACUUGUUCCUAUAGACAGAGUAUAUAUAUAUAUCUGCACAGAGGAGAUUAUAGAAGUCUAUGUGUAUUUAUUACUGACCGGACAAUCAUGGCGCAGCCGCAGAAGUUUUUUGAGAACCUGUCUGGAGUUGGUAAAGCAAUAGGGGUCCUGACCAGCGGAGGAGAUGCCCAAGGGAUGAAUGCUGCUGUCCGUGCUGUGGUUCGUAUGGGAAUCUACGUAGAAGCCAAAGUUUAUUUCGUCCAUGAGGGUUAUCAAGGAAUGGUUGAUGGCGGAGACAAUAUUGUUGAAGUGUCAUGGGAAAGUGUAUCCAGCAUUUUACAAGUGGGUGGAACCGUCAUCGGCAGUGCUCGUUGUAAAGCGUUUCGUACCCGUGAAGGUCGGCUGCAGGCAGCGUACAAUCUGAUUCAGCGUGGGAUCACAAAUCUUUGUGUGAUUGGUGGAGAUGGCAGCUUGACAGGAGCUAACCUUUUCCGUGAGGAAUGGAGCGGACUUCUGGAGGAAUUGGUGAAAAAUGAAAAAAUUGAAGCUGCAGCGGCACAGAAACAUUCCCAUCUGAAUAUAGUAGGAAUGGUGGGCUCCAUAGACAACGACUUUUGUGGAACUGACAUGACAAUUGGAACUGACUCUGCCUUGCAUAGAAUCAUUGAGGUUGUGGAUGCAAUCAUGACCACGGCUCAGAGCCAUCAGAGAACCUUUGUCUUGGAGGUCAUGGGCAGACACUGUGGGUAUCUGGCACUGGUCAGUGCCUUGGCGUGCGGAGCUGACUGGGUAUUCAUUCCUGAAUGCCCUCCGGAGGAAGGUUGGGAGGACAUUAUGUGUGGUAAACUGUCUGAGAACCGUGCAAGAAAGAAAAGACUGAAUAUCAUUAUUGUGUCAGAAGGAGCCAUCGAUUGUCAAAACAACCCAAUCACCUCAGAAAAGAUUCAAAAUCUUGUAGUCUCACGUCUUGGGUUUGAUACAAGAGUCACUAUCUUGGGUCACGUCCAGAGAGGUGGAACCCCUUCAGCCUUCGACAGGAUUCUUGCCAGCAGGAUGGGAGUGGAAUGUGUCUUGGCCUUGCUUGAAGCCACCCCAGAGACGCCCGCCUGUGUGGUAUCGUUAUGUGGAAACCAAGCCGUGCGCUUACCUCUGAUGGAAUGUGUGCAGAUGACUCAAGAAGUACAGAAGGCGAUGGAUGAAAGGAAAUUCGAAGACGCUGUAAGGCUGCGAGGAAGGAGUUUUGAGAACAACCUCAACACAUACAAACUCCUCUCCCAUAAGAAAAAUAUAUCUGAACUUCCAAAGAGUAACUUCAAUGUGGCUGUUUUAAACGUGGGAGCUCCUGCUGCUGGAAUGAACGGAGCCGUCCGAUCCGCCGUGAGGGUGGGAAUUACUGAAGGGCACAAGAUGUUCGCUGUUAAUGAUGGAUUUGAAGGAUUUGCCAAAGGACAGAUUCAAGAAAUAAAAUGGGGAGAUGUUGGCGGCUGGACUGGCCAAGGGGGAUCUAUCCUGGGAACCAAAAGAACUUUGCCUGCAAAAUAUUUUGAUCAAAUUGCUGACCAGAUCCGUGUACAUAACAUCAAUGCUCUGCUUGUUAUCGGGGGGUUCGAGGCCUACUUGGGACUGAUGGAACUGACUGUUGCCCGAGGGAAAUAUGAUGAAUUCUGUAUCCCAAUGGUUAUGGUUCCUGCUACUGUCUCCAACAAUGUGCCGGGUUCAGAUUUCAGCAUUGGCGCAGAUACUGCUCUGAACACUAUAACUGAUGCUUUUGAGGGUAUGCUGCAGUUAGCUGAGGCUCGGGGCACGUAUGAAGAGUUUUGCAUCCCCAUGUGUAUACUGCCUGCCACCAUUAGCAACAAUGUCCCUGGCACUGACUUAAGUCUUGGCGCCGACACUGCACUCAAUGCCAUUAUGCAGACUUGCGAUCGCAUCAAACAAUCUGCCAGCGGAACGAAGAGACGAGUCUUCAUCAUCGAAACGAUGGGAGGAUACUGUGGCUACCUGGCCAACAUGGGAGGACUGGCUGCAGGUGCUGAUGCCGCCUACAUCUUUGAGGAGCAAUUUGACAUUCGUGAACUUCAGGCGAAUGUGGAGCAUUUAACAGAAAAGAUGAAGACGGGCAUUCAGAGAGGCCUCGUCCUGAGGAAUGAGAACAGCAAUGAAAACUACACCACCGACUUCAUUUAUCAGCUCUACUCUGAGGAAGGGAGGGGAGUGUUUGACUGCAGAAAGAAUGUGCUGGGCCACAUGCAGCAGGGCGGCGCUCCUUCACCAUUUGAUAGAAAUUUCGGCACAAAAAUCUCAGCUAAGGCUAUUCAGUGGCUCUCCAGGAAGCUGCAAGAGACCUACAGAAAGGGCAAAAUAUUUGCUAACAGAGAAGACAGUGUAUGUCUAUUAGGGAUGCGCAGACGGGCUCUUGUCUUCCAGCCAGUUAUGCAACUCAGAGACGAAACUGAUUUCAAACACAGAAUUCCAAAGGAGCAGUGGUGGCUGAAGCUGAGACCGCUGAUGAAAAUCCUGGCCAAGUAUAAGACCAGCUAUGACAUUUCAGAUGCUGGACAAUUGGAGCACGUCAAUCUGCCCAGGCCAAAGCGAUCAGAAGCAGGAGUCCUCUAAAGCCAGGGACGCAGUCACCAUGCCUCGUGUCAUAACCCGUCUCCAUUGUGUGCUUUACUGCUCGGUUAUAGAAUGGUUAUCCAUUUUAUCUUUUGUAAUUUAAGUUAUAUUGUUCCAGCACUUUAUGUCCACACAAUUUCCAGGUUAUGUCUGAAAAACAAGUAGUGCUAAGAAUAUUACAUGGAGAGAAUAUAUCACAGCGCUCACUCCCCAAAGUUUGGUUUAUUAUUUUUUCUUUCCAAGUUUGUCGCCACAGACCUGAAUGGGCUGCCAUGUUCCCUGUAUGUUGUGUGCAAUGACGUUAUACGUUUGUUACACUUUGUAUUGGAGAUGUAACGGAUUCACAUUUACACGUGCUAUGUCUAUUAUUUCCCCCCCAGUGACAAGUUGCAGCAUACAUUGAUGUGAUGUAAUAAAGUAACUUUGCAAAACA